AUGCGAGGCGAGAAGCGCAAGCGGACGCCCACCCGCGCCGAUGGCAUCCAUCCGCGCAACAAGUACAGGGCUCCGCCCGACUUCAAGGAGCUCUCUGCCUCGUACCCGUCGCUGCUGCCCUACCUCCUGCCCACGGCGGCCGGCGGCAUGCACAUGCAAUGGCACGAGCCCGACGCCUUGCGAGAGCUCACAAAGGCCUUGCUGCACCGAGACUUUGGGCUGACCUGGGAUAUGCCAUCGACCAACCUGUGCCCGACGUUGACCAACCGACUCAACUACAUUCACUGGAUUGAAGACCUUCUCUUGCUCUCGCGACGUACGUACGUGGGCAACGACAUCGUCGGCAUUGAUGUUGGCACGGGCGCGUCGUGCAUCUAUCCGCUCCUCGGCCACGCCUUGAAUCAGUGGCGCUUCGUCGCGACCGACAUUGACGCAGCAUCGCUCGAGUGCGCGCGCGCCAACGUCGCCGCCAACGACCUCGAGCAGCACAUUUCGCUGCGCCUCGUCGAUGGAGCGUCAUGUGUCCUCCCGACGCCACUGCCCCCAGCGGUUGACUUUAGCAUGUGCAACCCGCCCUUCUUCGACUCGAUGGACGAGGCCGACACGAACCCGCGCACGAGCUGCACGGGGUCGCUGAAUGAGAUGACGACACCUGGCGGCGAAGUCGCGUUUAUCGAGCGCCUCAUUGACGCAAGUCGUGCGCUCCAGACCCAAGUGCGCUGGUAUACGUCGCUCAUCGGACGCAAGAGCUCGCUUCGGCCGCUUCUCGCGACGUUGCGCGCCGCUGGCAUUCGCAACACGCGCACAACCGAGUUCUUGCAGGGUCGAACGACGCGCUGGGGCCUCGCGUGGUCAUUUACAAGUGACGGCAUGGACGCUGCCGACCUCGCUGCCCACAAGGUUCUCGGGAAGCGCAAGGAGCGACAGCGGCGCGGUACGAUGGCAUUCCAAGUCGACCGCCUCGCCCCGAUGCAAG